CGACACCCCUCGACAAGCUCCAAGAUCGGAGGAACGCGCUCUGUGACCACAAUGGCUGACAUGGCUUUGCGCAUAGCAUCAGUAAGGUCACUUCUGCCUGACCUUGAAGCUGCCCUGAGCUCCUUCACGUCAUCGCCCGCUAAGUUUCGCGUGGUGAGGACUGUCAAUGCUUCGACAACGCAGCCGAACACGCUCUACAUUCUCGAUUCAUCGUUCAACCCACCCAGCAUUGCCCACCUCGCCCUCGCGACAUCUGCCAUCAAACAGGCGGCGCACUCAGACAAGAGCCCGCCUAGACUGCUGCUAUUAUUUAGCACGCACAAUGCAGACAAGGCGCCUAGUCCCGCGAGCUUCGCGCAGCGCAUCGCGUUGAUGACCGUCUUCGCUGAGGAUUUGUCGCAGCGUCUUAGGACUGCAGCCCCAUCUCCAGACGCUAUCACAGAUGUAUCCAUAGACAUUGGCCUGACCAAAGAGCCGUAUUACUCCGAUAAGUCGGCAGCCAUCACAGAAACCACGCCUCCCUUCUACCCAUCGAACCCGAUCCACGUCCACCUAGUUGGCUACGACACCCUCAUCCGCUUCUGCAACCCGAAGUACUACCCCAAGUACGACCCGCCCCUCUCGGCGCUCAAGCCCUUCUUCGAUGCCGGACAUAAGCUGCGCGUCACCCAGCGGCCGACAGACGCGAAUGACAAGUCGUCAAGCGAGUUUGGCACGGUCGAGCAGCAGGAGAAGUACGUGCAGGACCUGAGGGAUGGCAAGUCUGAGAGCGCUGGGUUUGAGCCGCAAUGGGGCGGCCAUAUCGAUAUGGUGCAGGCGGAGGACGAGGUAGGCGUCAGCUCUACGAGGGUGAGGAAAGCUGCACAAGAGGGGAGGUGGGAUGAGGUGGGUGAGCUCUGCACUGAGGGUGUUGCGGCUUGGAUCCAAGACCAGCAGCUCUACAGUGGGGAUGCUAGUGGGAAGAAGAUGAUGAGCUGAGCAUUGUUCAAGCACGAUGCUCAAGUGUCAGAUUGCGUCAAGUAAUGCUGAGACGUGCAGAAUACCGCGGUGGCCGUUCUGCGGUCAAAUGGAUCACUCGACAACUUCUACGCCCACCUGGAAAUGCUCAAGAAAGUGUUUCUGGUGAGAUUCGAAGUGGAAGGUGCAAGUUGGUGUGUGGCCUGAUUGUGACGGGUGUUCUUUCCUCGUAUAUCGUAUUGCACACGCCGGCGAAGC